AUGAUCUACCAAAUUUUAUUCUAUUCAAUGAUCUUGUAUGGAGUACAUGGUCAAACCUGUAAUUUUAACGUUAAAAUUGGACAAAAACUUCGUAAUGAAGGAUUUCACAGGAACCUAAGUUAUUACAUAGACUUUGCAAGUGAUGAUGAAGAAGAAAAUUGGUUAUACAGAGACUGUUCAGUCGGUCUGGAACAGACUUUACCUUCGGGAGUAUAUGCUAGUGAAGAUGAAAUGAGAGACCAUGGUUGUAGAAAUUUAGUUGAAACAGUCUUCAUAACGCCAGUAAACAUAGAAUUGCCAGCCAAAGAUGCUAGUCCAAUUGUGAUGCAAAUGUUUAGUAAAGUCAAAAAUAGUAAAACACAAUUCCAUAUACCAGUUCAUGCCAGAUAUCAUCAAGCUAGCAGAGGUGGCGGAACAGCUAAAAAUGAAAUACCUCCGCCGAAGUUAUAUCUAAAAUGUCCAGACAACAAGCUGAAUGUAUGCAAUAAAUAUUUGCCUCCGCAAACCUCAGUAAAUACUUUUUGUAAAAAACAUGUUCCAAAAGAACUCUGUGAUUGGAAACUCAUACCUGCUAUAAUGGUAACCGAUACAAUAAUCUGGGAAGUCCCAAUUGGUAAUACAGAUCACUAUUAUCUAGUGGCUUGGGGCACAUCUGUAGUCAUUGUAGUCGGCUCCUUGUACCUGUUGAAGAAUUUACAUAAGUACAAUUUCAAAGUUGAAAGAAGAAUUAUAAAGAAACAUAUG